AAGGUUCCAGGCUCCAAAAAGAACUCCGGGGAUAUUUAGCGGCAAUCAAAGGCAUGCAAGAUGCUUCUAAGAAGCUUACAGAGUCGCUGCAUGAAGUCUAUGAACCUGAAUGGUACGGUCGGGAGGAUGUGAAGGUGGUUGGAGAGAAAUGUGAUGUGCUUUGGGAAGAUUUUCAUCAAAAACUGGUGGAUGGAUCAUUGCUGACCUUGGAUACGUAUCUGGGACAGUUUCCUGAUAUUAAGAAUCGCAUUGCAAAACGGAGUAGAAAGCUGGUUGACUACGACAGCGCAAGACAUCACUUGGAAGCUUUGCAGAGCUCAAAGAGAAAAGAUGAAGGCAGAAUUUCUAAGGCAGAAGAAGAGUUUCAGAAAGCACAGAAAGUAUUUGAAGAUUUUAAUACUGAUUUACAAGAAGAGCUGCCGUCUUUGUGGUCAAGACGAGUUGGCUUUUAUGUGACCACAUUCAAAAAUAUAUCCAGCCUUGAAGCCAAAUUUCACAAAGAAAUCACUUCGCUAUGCCACAAACUUUACGAGGUGAUGAACAAGUUGGGAGAACAGCAUGCUGACAAGGCCUUUACCAUUCUCGGAGCUCCCAGUGAUUCAGGCCCACUCCGAAUUGCGAAAACUCCAUCUCCACCUGAAGAAAACUCACCUCCACUUAGUCCUGAGGCCAGCCCUAACCAUACGUUGGCACCAGCUUCUCCAGCACCAGCACGGCCUAAAUCUCCCUCACAGCUGAGGAAAGGACCUCCCGUCCCACCGCUGCCUAAACUCACUCCAACUAAAGAGCUACAACCGGAGCAUAUUAUCAGCUUGUUUGAUGACAACUUUGUUCCAGAAAUAAAUGUCACAACUCCUUCACAGAAUGAAGUUCCUGAUGCGAAGAAAGAAGAGUCUUUGUUAGAUCUGGAUUUUGAUCCAUUCAAGCCCGAUGCUGCAGCUGCUGUACCAGUCCCUUCACCAAUGUCUCAGACGCUACCCUGGGAUCUAUGGACGACAAGCAACGAUUUGGUGCAGCCGCCCGAUUCUUCAAAAAGUCUUUCCCUAUGUAACCUGGUCAUGGAGAAUAACCCAGACAGUGGGUCAACAGAAGAUAUUAACAAACCCCAAACUGAUCUAGGUUUGCCUCACUGGGGCCUAGGUGGUAGUACAGCCGAUGAGAGCCAGGAAAGAGCGGCAGAUGUCCCUUUACAGUUUCCCGAGGCAGAACAAAUUUCAGCUGAAUCAUUUGUUACGUUGGCUAAUACUUCUUGGUCUGAAGUUGAUGAACAAGAGGAUGGUGUAUCUUGGAUGACCUCCACAGAUGAAAACCAAACCGCUUUUGCUGACACUUACUUGGACACAGGCCACAUUGUGGAAAGUGGCACAGAUUUGGUGGAGGUGAACCAGCCUUUAGGGAUUGAAACUCUGGCACAGUGUCCUGAACUUGGAACGGAUAGCAUUUUGGAUGGAGCCCUGUGUAGUAUGGAAAAGACAGAAGAGGAGAAAAGGAAAACAGAAGAGUCUUUGUGGGCAAAUGUGGAACCAUAUGAAAAGGCAUCCAGUGCUUUUAAUGGAUUCACACAGGAUACAUCCCUGUUCUCAAUGCAAUCAAAUCAGAAUGUGAUGAAUAACUUGGCUGAGGCAGAAGAAGCUCCAUCUUUAGAAGUCCAGGCUGAGGAAGACCUCAGUGCCCCUGAUGAGGCUGCCUCUGCUACCGAGCCAGAAGCUCAGCCUGUUGAGGCUGGUGAGCCACCCACAGAAGCUGUGGAUGCCGUAGAGGCAGGGGUGCAAGAGUCAACGGAGUAUGCUGAGAAAGAGUGUGAGUUACAGAUGGAUUCUGUCAUGGGAAGCCCACCUGCACCCGAGGAUGUCAGUAUGGCUCCCAUCACUGAAGGUGGUGAAAUUCCUGUUGUCGCUGAAACAGAAGACGUUGGUGACAGUGGCAAACCUCACACUGAUGGAAAAGAAGCAGAGGCAUCUCAGGAAAAUCUCAGCAACAUUCCUUCAGUGGUAAUAGAGCCAGCCUCCAACAACGAAGAAGAUCAUGAUGUUGUCGUGAAUGAAUCGAAAGACCCUGGGGAAGAUGUCACUGGCCAGGGGGUGGAAGUCCUGCCUGGCGAACCUUCUGAGCCUGCAAGUGAGCCUACAGUGGUCAAAGACGUCCCACCAGCACCUUCUGAGGAACAGCCUGUAGCAGUAGAUGACAGCAUGCCACCUGGCUUCCUCUUCAAGGUUGAAGUGCUACAUGAUUUUGAAGCAGCUAAUACUGAUGAGCUAAACUUGGUGUCUGGAGAUGUCAUAUUAGUACUCCCGUCGACCACAGCUGAUCAGGAGGCUGGCUGGCUAACAGGCGUUAAGGAAUCUGAGUGGCUUAAGUACAGAGAUGCAGCUACUUAUAAAGGACUCUUCCCCGAGAAUUUCACCCGCUCUUUGGAAUAGGUCUCGACUCAGGCGUGAAGAGCAACUGUAAAAAGCUCGGCCCCUGCAUUUCCAACUUUUGCAAUAUGCGGGCACCCAACUUUAUAGCUGAGCCGUCCUGGUUUACAGACUGGUGCCAGACCCAAAACAAAACAAUACACUACAAAUAAAACCCGGACAACGCAUAUCAAACGAGCAUGAUUGCAAGACGUUAAAAGCUAGCAUAUUCUGAAGCAGUACAUGGGGAAAUUGUCCUUCUUUGUUCACAUAUACGUGGCAACAGGUUUGUUUGUACUUUUGUCUGAGCUAUGGUGAUCCUGUAACUUGCCCCUUUUCCCCUGCGAAUCUGAGUAGCCUCCUUGAUACCGGAACCUUAAUUUCUCUGCACUAAGUGUAUCGUAUUGUUGCUGCACUGCAGAAGAUUCCCCUAGUAAUCCUGGAGUAAUGAGGUACAUCUGUGCUGAUUUUCAAUGUUUGGGGAAAAGAAAUCUGCUGCAAAGUUUUCCAGUUUUCUUUUCAAACAUACAUAACAAAUAUAUAGCUAUAUAUAUAUGUAUAUACACACACAUGCACGCAGAUGUAUUGUAUGUGUAUAUAGAGCAGCGCAUAAUGUUCAUCGGUAGCCUACCGACACGUAUCUGCCACAGAUGGAAUGGGUUUCAAAAGUCGUAGCGAACCAGGAAAGGAGCUGGAAGACCCAUAAGUCUGGGUCUGGCUACAAUGUACAGGCAGGCCUAGGCUGCUGACUUCUUAGCAGACGAGGGGGUGGGGGGGGGAAGGCCCGGCUAGGUUUACGAAGGUUUGGGGUUUGUACAGUAAGGCUUUCUAGAGUGGUGUGCCAUAGGCCAACAUUGAUGCGGAUGCAUUUACACAUAUCAUUCCCCUUCAUUGUAGCUCCUUGAUGUAGCGUGGCUCAUGCAAGCGUUUUGUUCUUAUUGUCUGGUAUUACAGUAGAGAAUUCCUUUCCAAACGGAAAACCAGCUGCUCCUUUGCCAAAACAUUAGACGAAGAUAUCUGCCUUUGUGAUGCAAAAUUACCAUUCCAAGACGACCGACAAGUUAUCAAAGCUCACGUUCAAAGCUGCUAUUUAAAACAAAAAACACACACACACCAGGGCAGGCAUGGCUCUGUCGCCUCUGUAUUACCAACUGCUACAGCUAGGGAUGAGAUACUUCAGAUUGGGAGGGCAGGGGGGUUGUGAUGCUAAUUUUUAUUUUUAAAUUUCAUCGGCUGGACGAAUAAACGUGAUUCUCGUCUGAGAAAGAAAAGAUGAAUAAACACAAUAUAUUUUCACUAUAUGUAUUUAUGCAGCGCACCUUUUAAAGAUCCCUUGAAAGUUUUAAAAAAAAAGAUGUAUCCUGUAUCCAAAAGUCAUCCGUAACUCUUUAUGUUUUUCAGUGUUGUCAUUCAAAAUAAAACCUUUGAUCAGCUCCA